GGGGACUGGGACCUUCCCGCCAGAUGGCCAGGCCGCUGUCCACCCCCAGCCCUUCGCAGAUGCAAGCCCGGAAGAAACGCAGAGGGAUCAUAGAGAAGCGGCGUCGAGACCGCAUCAACAGCAGCCUUUCUGAACUGCGGCGCCUGGUCCCCACCGCCUUUGAGAAGCAGGGCUCCUCCAAGCUGGAGAAAGCCGAGGUCCUGCAGAUGACGGUGGACCACUUGAAAAUGCUCCACGCGACUGGUGGGACAGGAUUCUUUGAUGCCCGGACCCUGGCCGUUGACUUCCGGAGCAUCGGUUUCCGGGAGUGCCUCACCGAGGUCGUCAGGUACCUGGGGGUCCUGGAAGGACCCAGCAGCCGUGCGGACCCCGUGCGGAUUCGCCUUCUCUCCCACCUCAACAGCUACGCGGCCGAGAUGGAGCCUUCCCCCACCCCUGCCAGCCCCCUGGCCUUCCCUGCCUGGCCCUGGUCCUUCUUCCAUAGCUGUCCAGGGCUGUCGGCCCCCAACAGCCAGCUUGCCCUCCUAGGAAGAGUGCCCGGCCCCCUCCUCCCCAGCGCCUCCUCUCUUACUUACCCCGCCCCAGCUCUCCGAACCGCUCCCAUGCGCAGAGCCGCCGGCACCCUCCUGCCAGCCCGGAGGAAUUUGCUGCCCAGUCGAGGGGCACCUUCUGCCCGGAGGGUCCGCCCUCUGGAGAGGCCAGCUGUCCCCCUGCCCAUGGCCCCCAGCGGCAGGGCAGCCAGGAGCAGCCACAUGGCACCCCUCCUGCCGUCUUCUCCCCCCACGGCCCCUGCUGUCGGGAGGUCCCCUGCUUAUGCCAGUGUCCCGGCCCCCAGGCCCUCUUCCCCCGGGCCUGCUGGGCGGCCGGCGGGGGCUGUGCUCUGCCACUCCUGGGCCCCCGAGAUCACGGAGGUGGGGGCGUUCUAAGAUGCCCUCCCCCUGAGUGAGGAGAAUUCUUUUCCAGGAGCUGAAAGUGGCUCUGCCUUUUCAGCCCUGCCCCCCUGGACUGGCUCAUGAGUGCCGGCGGCGUCUUCACCCACCAGAGGCCCCCUGCUCCCUGGGCCCUUAUCCCCUCCUAACUGCUCCUCCCAGCUUUCCCACCGGCUCUCCUGCAGCUCUUCUCAUCUCGGGGGCUUGCUCUCACUUCUGACCUGGACAGAUGAGUUCCGGAAGACCUACUCGUACGAGCUGCACCCAGACCCCUCUCCUGCCCCGGGACACGGGCAGCAGGCAUGAAUCUCCGCUCUGGGAACAGAGCUUUGGCCUAAAAGCACAGUGGACUGAGGCUGGCUGCUUCCCAAGAGAGAUCAGACCCCAACCAGGAGCAGUGACUGGCUGCAGCCUGCCCAGGCCCCAGGAGCUGGAACCCAGUGUCUGCCCUGCCCACCUGUCUCCUGCCCGCCCAGCACAGCAAACCACAGGACAGAGCUGCUGUCCACCGCGGCCACGGCCUGGGGAUCGGGAGCCCCGCAGGGCCUGCUGCUGCCCUCUCCCAGCUGCAGACACCCUCCUGCCAGCUGACCAGCAGUUCCCCGCACACAGCUGGGAGGUUUCCUGGCGGCAGUGCGGCUCCAGGACCCCGACCACCAGGCCUGGGACAGCGCGCUCAGACCGGAGCCAGCACUGAGCAGAGAACCCAGCUCUCUGCCCUGCGCUGUCACCACCCUCCAGGCGUGUGGUCCCUGCUGGGCGCACGGUGUGAACAGCCCUGUUCCCACGUGAUGGCGCCCCGAGAGGAAUCCUCUUGGGAUUCAGAACCAGACGUUCGUGCUGCCUGGUUUGCAUCCGGCUCACAGAGCCCAGACUGCUGGGACGGCCAAGGCUGUAGGCUGGACGAAAAUAACUGCGAGGAGGCCCAGAGGAAGGGCAGGCAGAGGCGGCCUGGCCCUGCAAGGUCACACGGUGGGUCGAGGGCCUGAGAUCCUGUUCACCCAGGAUUCCACACAGCUGGCUCUGCUCACAGGCCGUUUCCUGACCCAGCUCCAGCCCAGGGCACGUGUCCUCUCAGAGGGAACAGAUGGCCCAGCCACCAUUCCCCGUGGGAGGGCAGAGGCUGCACAAGGUUGGGGCAGACACAGGACUGACAUUCAACGGGACCAGUGUUCCCAGACCUGUUGUUAAGAUGUAGAAACACACCUGUGCUCCACGGCCUCUCCCUGCUUCCCCUGAGUGGCUCUGGGUGUCCCCACCACAUGGCUUUGCCCCCAGCAUCCCUGUGCUGGUUAGUGUCCAGCAGACCCAAGGUCAGGGAGCCCUCCCAGGGCAAUGCUGGUGCGUGUUGCUCACUGGUUAUUAAACACGACAAAUGUCACCGCUGGGAAGAUUCCCGCACUGCACCCUUCGAUGGAACUGCCCUCCCCAGAGGCGCAGUUGAAGGAGACUGCGCCUAAAUGAAGGAGACUCCCUGGGCUCAAAAGUAGAGUUUGCAGAAACCCCAGGGGAAAAGGGCCUUUUCAGGGAAGUGGGCCGGAGGGCAGAGAUCAUGUAAAUGACCCAGAAAGCUCUUUUGAAAAGACAGGCUCCUCAAGGAGGCCGUAAGAGCUCAAGUAAUUCUUUCCUCAGAUUGCUGUCCAGUACCAUCCAGAGAUGUGCGGCCUUGAGCACAGGGGUCCUUUGGAGGAGGGGACACCGCCUGGAGUGCCCGAGGGAGCCCCAGAGGCCAGGGCUUCAGCAGCUCCCGGGAUUGGGACAGGGGAAGGGGGAGGUGGCAGAGGGUAAGACCAACUCCACUCUCUCACAAAAGGCAGGAAGAACUCUUCCUCCUUCCUUCCUCCUUCCUCCCUCUCCCCUUCCUCCCCCUCCUCCCUCUCUGUGGCUAUCCCAGGUGGUGGCUCACUACUCCCAGGAUACCAGGUCAGAGUUUGGCGACUUCCUAGCCCCAGCAUUUACUCACAGUGGGGCAGUGGGCAUCCCAUUCCCGUGUUUCCAGCACCAACUCCAAAAGAAUCUGUUGACACCAUUGAAGGAGGUGGAAAGGGCCCAGAACUCUCAGCAUCUUCAUUGAGGUUGGGUUCAUUCUCCCCAAGAGAUUGGGGGGUGGGGGGGUGACUGGAUAUAAUUGUUUCUGUGGUUGAGGAUUUGUAUCUUUUGUUCAUACUCCCAAGCCUUCUGGUGCCCCCGACUCCCACCCCACUGCUGGGGGUGUUGCACACAUCCAAUAAAGUUUUUUAAAAAAAUUCUUCUGAAA